AUUUUUAGAUAAGAUGUUGCGUACAAAGAUGUGUGUAAAGCAUUAUCAUGUCAAACGAAGCCUUAGAGAGAUAAUCUUUGAGAUUUUCACAAAGAUGAUCAAGCCUUCUGGUCUGAAGUGGUGGGAAGUCACAGAGAAACAGUUGGAUGAAAUGUGCACAUGAUAAAAGGACUAAAGGAGUAUUUAGUUGAAUGAAUGACAUAUUUUUCAAUUGGUCUAUAAGGAUAUCAAUUGUAGAAAUAUGAAACAGGUGCCUGGUAUAAUGAGGGAGAAGGUGUCUUGUUCAAUGAAAUGCGAUCAUUUUACUGGUUUGAAGACAAGCUUUCCGAAAGGCCAGCUGAACUAUGAUUUAAACUUUAAAGGGUGUGUUCAGUAAGAAAUUAAUUAUAUUGGUAGUAGAUUUCUCAUUUCUCUGCUUCUGCUUUUUUGUUACCAUCCUCCUUGCCUUCUCUACUGUAAUUUUUGGCAUUCAUCAAGUACCUGAAGUGUGUGAAGGCAGAUGUUAAUCUUAAAAAUUUUGCAUUUGUGAUAUUUUUAUUAUUUAUUAUUAUUUAUUAUUUACUUAUUUAUUUUUACAUCACUUAGAUGGAUUGUCAGUUUGUUACGUGAACUUGAGAGAGAAGAGAGACAAGACAAUGUGGGACUACUAAGGUUCUAUAACCUUGUGAUUUGAUUGUAGAUGACUCCUAAUGGGCUAACAUCAACAUUGAGGGCUGGACUUCUGUUGUUAGCUUUACAUAAUUAUUAUGACAAGGCUAUGCUGAAUGAUUGUUGUUUUAGGGGCCAUUAUAUUGUCGACUUGCAUGAUGGUAUUUUGUCAUGUAGAUCACGUUAUUAUAAUUGACUAGCACAGAAUUUGGGUAGAAAAACAUGCAUAAAGAACUUUCUUUAGGGUCUAGGGAUGUGACUUGAGGAUUUUGCUUCUAAUUUGAAAUGCGAUCUCCGAAUCCUUUUGGCAUGAGUUUAUCCUGCCAUCUUAAAUAAUGUUGUUGUCUCCGCUUGGACAUUCUGGGGUGUUUGGAUCACCUGUUAUGCAUAAGCUGUGUAAGUGUACUUGUACAUUGGCAUGAAAGAAGCCAUUUUUGUUGAUUUUUUUUUUUUUCUUUGGGAUAAAAUUUGCAUUCAGAG